UUUUUUUUAAAAAAACCAAACCAGGUAACAGCAAGAACAAGAAGCCGUUAACACUGCAAAAACACGAAAACAAGGCGCUAUAUCAGAAAAAAUUAAAGGAACGCCUCUUCUCUCCCGAUCGCAUUUAUCUCUUUCAUGAGUCUCCGAUUUUGAUUUUGAGCCGUUAUUGUUCUAAAGCCUGAGAAAGAGAAGGCAUGGAAUCAUCGACGACGGCCGCAGCGACGACGACGACGACGGAGGUGACGGUGAAGAAGGGUGGAGGUGAGAGAUCGGAGAGUAGAGGUGGCGGCUCUGAUAGUAGCAGCGGAAGUAGUAGCAAUGGGAAUAAUAAUUAUAAUAAUAACAAUAAAAGUGGAAUUAUUGGUAAAGGGAAAGAGAAAGAGAAAGAGAAAGAGAAAAAAACGUUGGAGUAUUUUGGAUGGGUAUAUCAUUUAGGAACGAAUUCAAUAGGACAUGAGUUUUGUCAUCUUCGUUUUCUCUUUAUCAGAGGCAAAUAUGUGGAAAUGUAUAAGCGUGAUCCUCACGAGAAUCCUGGCAUUAAACCUAUUAGGAGGGGUGUCGCAGGGCCUACACUUAUGGUGGAGGAGCUAGGGCGUCGAAAGGUCAAUGAAGGGGAUCUGUAUGUCUUGCGGUUUUAUAGUAGACUGGAUGAGACAAAAAAGGGAGAAAUUGCUUGUGCUACAGCUGGAGAAGCUCGAGAAUGGAUGGAGGCAUUUGAUCAUGCAAAGCAACAGGCUGAAUAUGAGCUCUCAAGAGGCAGUAGUACCAGAAACAAGCUGAACAUGGAGACUGAGAUCAAUCUAGAAGGACAUCGACCCAGAAUUAGGCGAUAUGCUCAUGGAUUGAAAAAGCUUAUAAGAAUAGGGCAAGGUCCAGAGAGGCUUUUGCGUCAAUACUCAGAUUUGCAUUCUAAUGCCAGGUCAGACAGAUAUUAUGAGGGGGAAGUUGGAGAUGCAAUUGAAGCGCAUGAAUGGAAAUGUGUUCGCACAAUAAAUGGUGUUCGAAUCUUUGAGGAUGUGUCUGAUUCCAAGAACGGUAAAGGUAUUCUCGUAAAGGCUGUUGGUGUUAUUGAUGCCAGUGCUGAUACUGUUUUUGAAGUCAUUUUAAAUGUUGAUCGGCAUCAAAGAUAUGAGUGGGAUACUUUGACAGGUGACUUGGAACUUUUAGAUUCCUAUGAUGGACACUAUGAUGUUGUCUAUGGGACAUUUGAUCCCAAAUAUCUUACUCGGUGGCAAUCCAAAAGAGAUUUUGUUUUCUCUAGGCAAUGGUUUAAUGGCCAGGAUGGAACUUACACAAUCUUACAAUUUCCAGCAGUACUUAAGAAGCGGCCUCCAAGAUCUGGAUAUCGACGUACAAAAAUUAAUCCUUCUACCUGGGAGAUUAGAAACUUAAAUGCACCCAUGGGUUCAACGGCCAUGAGAUGUCUUUUGACACAAACGUUAGAGAUACAUCAUGCAGGAUGGUUAAGAUGGAAGUCAAAUCGUUGCUCAAAGUUUGAAAAGACUAUUCCUUAUGCAUUAUUGUCCCAAGUGGCAGGUUUGAAGGAAUAUAUUGGAGCAAACCCUGCACUGAAAUCUAAAUAUGCCACUAAAGUUGUUCAUUCAAAAAUUUCUGAGGAUUCCACCUCCAGCAGUGAAUAUGAGGAUGCCGAAGUGAAGGAUGAGUUCUAUGAUGCAAUUUCUGCUGAUUCAUCAUCAUCAGAAGAGAGUGAGGAUGAAGGUCAACCAGCCAAUGAGGAAAAGAAAGUGAAAUUGAAGAAUGUUUCAUGGGCCAUUGCAAGCUUUGCUUUGAGACGAACUUCAGCUCUGGAUGCAAAUAAGGAAUUGGAUCCUAGUGUAACUCCAAUUAAUUUUGACCUAAGCCAAUUCCAUGGUUCCCUACCCAAAGGAAAGGAUGAGAAGGACUCGAGUUGUUGGAGUUCCCCAAAUGGCAAUGGAUUUAUGAUCAGAGGAAAAACUUAUCUAAAGGAUAACUCUAAGGUAAUGGGCGGUGAUCCCCUUCUAAAGCUCAUAGCCGUUGAUUGGUUCAAAGUUGAUAGUCCUAUGGAUAGAGUUUCACUGCAUCCCAAGUGUCUAGUGCAGACAGAGGCGGGGAAAAAGCUUCCAUUCAUCCUUGUCAUUAAUCUUCAGAUUCCAGCAAAACCAAACUACAGUAUGGUACUGUACUAUGCUGCAGACAGGCCAGUAAACAAAAGUUCUUUGUUGGGUAAAUUUAUUGAUGGGACAGACAUGUUUCGGGAUUCGAGAUUUAAACUAAUUCCCAGUAUCACUGAGGGAUACUGGAUGGUCAAGCGUGCAGUUGGGACAAAAGCUUGCCUUUUGGGGAAAGCUGUAACCUGCAAGUACCUCAGACAAGAUAAUUUUCUGGAGAUUGAUGUAGACAUCGGAUCAUCCUCUGUAGCAAGGAGCGUUAUCGGCCUUGUCCUUGGAUAUGUCACAAGCUUAGUCGUUGAUCUUGCAAUUCUGAUAGAGGCAAAAGAAGAGGAAGAGUUGCCUGAGUAUAUUCUUGGGACCGUCCGGCUAAAUCGUGUGAGGCUCGAUUCUGCUGUACCUCUGGAGGUUUAGCAUUUUCACUUUUUAAUAUUCUUUACUUUUUCUUAGUCUCAAUGUACAAUCCUGUUGUUUACUGAGGCAUAUCUCCAAGUUUUCCAAUUUAGUCUAGAAUUUCACAUCAUGAAAAAACAAGGCUAUGGCUUUCAAAAUUUGGUGACAUGUACAUAAACGAUUGUAUACAUACACAUGCGAACAAACCAAAAAGAUGGAUGAAUAACCUGCCUAUAAUGUGUGCGGGAUUGGCAUCUAUUCGGUUCGCAGCUUCAUAAUUUGUGAGUAGAGGACAGCACUUGAAUUCAUUCUUGGACACUCGUGGUCCCAUGUGAUGAUUAGAUUGGAUAUCUAUGUACUGAGAAACUUGUUUAUUUAUGUCAAAUGUAGAGCAAAGAACUAUGUGAAAGUCAUGCUUAAUUAUGUUGGCAUGAGGCUAUGAACAAUUUUGAAAUGCCUAAGCCGAACAUUUUGAUAAA